AUGGCGCGCUGCGGGCGCUGCGGGCGCUGCGGGCGUUGCGGCCGGGGCGCGCUCCUCGCCGUCGCCGCGUGGACCGCGGGCUGGCUGCUGGCCGCUGUGCUGCUGCUCCGAGCGCACCCGGGCGUCCUCUCGGAGCGCUGCACGGACGAGAAGAGCCGGCGCAUCCUGGCCGCGCUGUGCCAGGACUACCGGGGCGGUUGGCUGGUGGGAGACCUGUGCCAAGACCUGUGUGAGAAGGGGACGCUGCGGUACCAGCGCUGCCUGUACUACGAGCGAGGCAAGAAGGUGCUGCAGGCUGAGUGGCAUGGCCAGCCCGUGGUCCUCAAGUCUACGAGGGAGGCCUUUGCCAGCUUCCCACCCCUUGGCCUGCUGGGGGACGGGUCCCAGGGUGGCCCGGCAGAGGCUGAGCUCCUCCUGGUGGUGGCCGGCGAGGUCAGACACGCCCUGGGACUGGAGCUGCCCAACGACAGCCUGGGACUGCUGUGGCCGGGCCAACGGGGUGCAGAUUGGCAGCAGCAGGUGGCCAGUGCGUGGGCCCUGCUGCAGCAGGAGGAGUUUGUGUACCUGAGCCUGCUGCAGGGCCUGAGCCGCCAUGUGCCACCCGUGCUGGGCUCCUGUGGCCACUUCUAUGCUGUGGAGCACCUGGCGGCUGGCAGCUCCCAGCACCGGGCACUCUUCCCGCUGGAGCAGAAGCAGGCACGGGCCCGGGCCCUGGCCAUCAGCCGCAUCGCGCUCAGCUUCCUGGACAUGGUGGGCCAUUUUGACCGUGACUUCUCCCACCGCCUGCACCUCUGCGACGUCAAGCCUGAAAACUUUGCCAUCAGAAGGGACCUCACGGUGUUGGCUAUAGAUGUGGACAUGGCUUUUUUUGAGCCUAAAAUGAGGGAAAUCCUCGAGCAGAACUGCACGGGUGAUGAAGACUGCAAUUUCUUCGACUGCUUUUCCAAGUGUGACCUGCGAGCGAACAAGUGUGGAGCAGAGCGCGCCAACAGCAACCUGCAGGUGAUCUGUGACAAGAUAUUUCGCUACUGGUUUGUCUCAAGUCCCAGGGACUCUGCCGUCCCUCCAUGGCGUCAGUUCCAGUUGCAGGAGGCUGUGCGGGAAUGCUCCAGGACAGCCGCCCCCGGUGUGUUCUGGAAGCUUCGCCACCUCCUCCAAGCCACGCUGAGAGAGCUGCAGCAGGCAGACAAGCCGCCACGUUCCAGCCUUGAACAUGCCUGGUGAGGCGGCUG